UCCCAAGGAGGAUUAUUUGCUGUGGCGGACACGCAUAGUGUGACCGCAAAAGUGAUACCGUAGGGUUUUUCCAAUAUUUGUCAAUUAGAGAUGCGCCCGUGAUGAUAAGGCCUCUGAAUGUCCCAUUUCCGAAAUUUCAGCAGCAAGAGAGAGUCCCACUACUCCUCCAUCGGAUGCUCAGAUGGGAGAGACGGGUAUUGGGUGCGACAUCUGUUCCUCUGUUCCUGGGUUCUCAUGGUCUGGGAGUGACGAGAACCACGUGUCGAAGCAUACAGACGAGAAGCCAUGCAAGUCCAAUCUCUGUUCUGCACAGUUCCGGCGGAGCACGAGCCCAUGGUGUCACAAGCGAGCACAUACGGGCAAGAAGCCGCACAAGAGUGAUCUCCGCCUUGCGGAGUUCAGCCAGAUUGCGCACCUGCAGCUGCGGAAACGAGCACACACAGACAAAAACCGAUACAAGUGUGAUGUCUACCCUGCGCAGUUCAGCCAGAGCCGCCACCUACAGUAUCACAGGCGGACACACACGGGUGCUAAGCCAUACAAGUGCGAUGUCUGCCCUGCAGAGUUCAGCCAGAGCGGGAACCUACACCAGCACAAGCGGACACACACGGGCGAGAAGCCAUACAAGUGCGAUGUCUGCCCUGCAGCGUUCAGCAGGAGCGGGAACCUACAGCAGCACAAGCGUACACAUACGGGCGAAAAGCCGUACAAGUGCAAUGUCUGCCCUGCACAGUUCAGCAUGAGUGUCCAGCUACAGUAUCACAGGCGGACACACACGGGCGAGAAGCCAUACAAGUGCGAUGUCUGCGCGGCAGGGUUCAGCCGGAGUGGGAGCCUACAGCGUCACCGCCGGACACACACGGGUGAGAAGCCAUACAAGUGCGAUGUCUGCCCUGCAGAGUUCAGCCAGAGUGGGAACCUACACCAGCACAAGAGGACACACACGGGCGAGAAGCCAUACAAGUGCGUUGUUUGCGCAGCAGGGUUCAGCCGGAGUGGGAGCCUACAGUAUCACAGGCGGACACACACGGGUGAGAAGCCAUACAAGUGCGAUGUCUGCCCUGCAGAGUUCAGACAGAGCGGGAACCUACACCAGCACAAGCUGACACACACGGGCGAGAAGCCGUACAAGUGCGAUGUCUGCGCUGCACAGUUCAGCACGAGUCUCCAGCUACGGUAUCACAGGCGGACACACACGGGUGCGAAGCCAUACAAGUGCGAUGUCUGCCCUGCAGAGUUCAGCCAGAGCGGGAACCUACACCAGCACAAGUGGACACACACGGGUGAGAAGCCGUACAAGUGCGAUGUCUGCCCUGCACAGUUCAACACGAGUGUCCACCUACAGCAGCACAAGCGUACACAUACGGGCGAAAAGCCAUACAAGUGUGAUGUCUGCCCUGCAGAGUUCAGCCAGAGCGGGAACCUACACCAGCACAAGCAGAUACACACGGGCGAGAAGCCAUACAAGUGCGAUGUCUGCCCUGCAGAGUUCAGCAGGAGCGGGAACCUACAGCAGCACAAGCGUACACAUACGGGCGAAAAGCCAUACAAGUGCGAUGUCUGCCCUGCAGAGUUCAGCCAGAGCGGGAACCUACACCAGCACAAGUGGACACACACACACGGACGGGCGAGGAGCCGUACCAGUGCGAUGUUUAUCCUGCCGAGUUGAGCAAGAGCACGGAGCUGUGGAACCACAAGUGCAGGCACGAGGGCGAGAAGCCAUACAAGCGCGAUGUCUCUCCUGCAGACUUCAGCCAGAACACAAGUACGUCUUUUUAUGAGGGAAAACGCACGUGUAAGAAGCUGUACGAGUGCAGUCCCCUCUCUUGCAAAGUUCAGCCAUGGCAAUGAUCUUGCGGCACUAUGUGCAGGGGAGAAGCCAUACACAAGUGCCAUGUCUACCGUGCAGAGUCCAGCCAGAACACAAAUCUGAACAAUUAUAAAUGCGCACACACGGGCCAGAAGCCAUACAGGUGCGAGUUCUGACCUGCAGGGUCACCCACAGAACGAAUUGCGAUGUCACAAGCAGACACAUAUGACAGAGGAUCCCUACAAGUGGGAUGUGCGUCUUGCAGAGUUCAGCCACAGCGUGGGCCUGUGGCAUCACAAGUAGACAGACAGACAGAUAUGUGAAACUAUACAGAAGUAUUCUCUGUUCUACAAACUUGGCAUAGCAUUCCGCAUGCUGACUCCAUCUGAAAUGUCGUGCCGCAAUAGAGUUGAAUUGCACAGAAACUUUGAAGAUCCCUUGCUCCCAUUGUACCACGCUUAAAGUUGAAUGGAAUCAAUUACUGCGUAUAGUACCUUCCAAGGGGGAUGUGUUUAUUAAAGAACAGAUGAAGAUAACAAACAACAUAUAUACAUAUUCUGAUGAUGAAGUGGGGAGGUUUUCCAUAGCUAGGGUGUCUAAUAUGAGUGGUGACAAUGAUAAGUGGUGACGAUGAGAGGUGACUGGAAUGAUCGGA